UGCUUGCAGCUAUAAAAGUCGUCUCUUCCAAUCCAAUCUAAUAAGAUAAUAGCCAAUUAGCCAUCAUUAAUAAACUAAUUUUUAUAAUCGAUUCUCUGCACUCUGCACUUUUUUUCCCUUCUUAUAAUUAUAUAUAAUUCUUGAAAUUUUCUACCCAACUACAAAGUUUGGGACUUUGGUAGAUAGAUUUUCUGCUACAAAAGUCCUACUUUUACUUCUGAGUUCUGGGCCGGUUUUAUUGGAGAAAGAGAGAGAAGGAGAGAUGGGUUCAUUUGGGAUGCUAGCAAGAAGAGCUGUGCUAACAGAGACGCCUGUUAUGGUGCAGAUACAGGAGCUGAUCCGAGGAGUUAAAGAUUGUAUUUCUCUGGCUCAGGGAGUUGUGUACUGGCAACCACCCAAGCAAGCACUGGAUAAGGUGAAAGGUCUUGUCGAGGAACCUUCAAUCAGUCGUUAUGGUGCUGAUGAAGGGCUUCCUGAGCUCAGGGAGGCAUUAAUGAAAAAGUUGCAGGGAGAAAAUAACUUACAUAAAUCGUCUGUGAUGGUUACUGCUGGUGCAAACCAGGCCUUUGUGAAUCUCGUCCUCACACUGUGUGAUGCUGGGGACUCUGUUGUCAUGUUUGCACCGUACUACUUCAAUGCAUACAUGUCGUUCCAGAUGACAGGUGUUACCGACAUUCUGGUGGGCCCUGGCCAUCCAAACACACUUCAUCCUGAUGCAGAUUGGUUGGAGAAGACUCUCAAGAAUACCGUACCAACACCUAAGCUUGUUACUGUGGUAAAUCCCGGCAAUCCAUCUGGGACCUACAUCCCAGAGCCUCUUCUCAAGAGGAUAUCAGAUCUAUGCAAACAAGCGGGGUGUUGGCUCUUGGUUGACAAUACUUAUGAGUAUUUUAUGUACGAUGGUAGGAAACAUGUUUGCCUUGAGGACAAUCACAUCGUCAAUAUAUUUUCCUUCUCUAAAGCUUAUGGGAUGAUGGGAUGGCGCGUUGGAUAUAUAGCGUACCCUUCAAAAGUCGAUGGGCUUACAGCUCAACUCCUCAAAGUCCAAGACAACAUACCCAUCUGUGCUUCCAUAAUUUCACAGCGAUUGGCCCUUCACUCUUUGGAAGUGGGGCCAGAGUGGGUAACCGAUCAGGUGAAAAACCUCGUGAAGAAUAGAGAGCUUCUGAUAGAAGCACUGUCGCCUUUGGGCGAGGAAGCUGUGAAAGGGGGAGAAGGGGCGAUAUACCUGUGGGCAAAGCUUCCAGACAAAUACCUGGACGACUUUGAAGUCGUGCGCUGGCUAGCCAGAAAGCACGGUGUAGUCCUAAUCCCGGGAAGCUCUAGUGGGUGUCCAGGCUACGUUAGGAUCUCGUUCGGAGGGUUGAAGGAGGACGACUGUCGAGCUGCGUCGGAGAGGCUGAGAAAAGGGUUGGAAGAACUUGUAAGUAGUGGAAUGGGUUGUUGAUUUUGUAGAGGCAAUGGGCAGGGCAAUAUAACCAAACAUUCUUACUAUGAAUGAAUAAAUUGGUCAUUCUCUGAUCUCACAACUUGAAAUAGGAACAAAUUUGUAUACUGUGACAUGUUUGUUGUUGAAGAUUACAAGUCGCAAUUAAUUGUGAACUUGAAGAAGGGCUUGCUUCUUUCAUAUUGUGUUGUUAAUAUCAUCUCUUUCUUUUGCCUUCA